CAGCUGCUGUUUUUGUCAACACUUUCUGAUCACCCUCCUAACAGCUCACUCUGUGGAGACCUUUGUUGGAUUGCUGCCAGCUGGACACCAUGUUGCUCCGGGCUGUGGUCCUGCUCCUCCUCUGCACGUCUUUGGGCGUUUGUGCCACUUUAGGCUACUACCAGACUGACACUAAAGAGGAGGCAGCUGCUCCUGUAGAAACAACCCAACACCUCACGUCUGAGCAGGGAGCUGAGCGAGCUGCCAGUCCUCCUCUGGGAGCUCUCACCCGGGAACCACCUCCUGCUGUGGGCCAAGACAACGAGAUCAGGCCAGUCCAGACCAACGUGUCCCCAAAGAAACCUGCAGCAGAAGAAGAUGCUGACAGCUGGAGCCUGAACUCCAUCAGAAGCAGUUUUCAGACUGUGCACGGAUACUUUGACUCCCUGGUGGAGCUGGUUGGAGGACGCAACGGUGUGUGUCAGUACCGCUGCAGAUAUGCCUGUGAAUCGAUGGCAGAUGCUCUCUACAACACGCUGUGGACUCUCGGCUGCAGGCCUUACAUGAACAGCCAGAGGGCAGCGUGUCUCUGCGAGGGAGAGGAGAGGGACGAACUGUGACACGAAACACUGUGGAACUAUCCACCACUCUUUACCUUCAAAGAGAAACAACAGAGUCAUGGAUGUUUUCAUAAACGACAACAGAAAAGUCCUCUAAAAGUUCAGACAACAGGAACUAAAAAAAAAAGAGGUCCAAAUAGAAAAUUCAAGGGAUUUGUUUCACAGGAUUUAAUCAUAUCAACUGAUAAUACGUGUCUGCACACAACUCGUUCAGAAUUUUAAUUCUCAGCUCAUGAAUAUUUACUUUUUGGUUCUCUUCAUUCAGGUCAAAUUUGGGCCUCUAUGACUCCAUUACCAUAAAUUACUCUGUGACUCCAAACAAAGUGCCUGAGAAGAAGAUGAGGAGGAUAUUGUAGUCGGAUUAAUUUCCUCCAGAGAGAAAGUUGCCAGAUAAUUCCUGACUGCUGCUGCUAUCAGCUCACAUGUUAAGUCAUUGCUUGUAAAUGUAAUGUACUGCUAUGUUAAUGUUUGAUUUAAGUUAUUAGACGCUUAUUUUCUACUUUCUAUGAACAAACUCUUGCCUAAUUGUAGGUCAAGCGCCAUGAUUACCUGCUAAUGUGAUCUGCAGGCACAGUUUGCUCACAUCUGCCAGGCCCGUGAUUUAACCGAGCAAAAAUGCAUCUCUGAUUGCUCCGCUUGUGGUUUCAUAAGUCUUGAAACCACCGAAAUAAAAAACCCAAACUCGAGUCAGUUGUCAAGCUGUAAUCGAGAAAUGUCCGAAUGUGUGACCCAGAUAAACAGGCGUCACGCUGCAGUUGUUAGACACAAACUGCGAUCGCUUCGAGUGGUUUCUAAUGAAAACGUCAAUCACGUUAUUGCCAGUAAAUAGUGCAGUGACACGGAGUGGUGAAAUUGGGAUGUGCUUMAAAAUCAGCAGCAAUAUAAAUAUCAGAGUGUGUGUGCAGUACAAAGGGACGGUGCAAUAAAGGUUUUCUUUUCUUCCCUAACUACCAAAUAAAACUGAAACGAUGAGUCSAGUUGGGUUAUUUCAGUGACAUCAUCUUCUUAUGGUUUCUGUUUUCUCUUGAUGUUAGGACCAGAGGUGGGCAGUACCAAAGUCAAUUUAUGYGAUGACUGUUUUGAGAUUUUUAUUUUUAACUUUUACUCCAACACAUUUAACAAUAAAAGUCAAACUUUUGACUCCA